AUGGAAAACUCAAAACCCGCCCUGACGCGCCACCUCCUCGCGGUCCCGAACUGCCGAGAACAGUAUGGAGUAAGCAUCACGGAAGCCGGCUCAGACGCCGGCAUUUUCGCCUCCCUCACGAACAAGAAUGGCCAUCCCAAGCUCCACGCAUCCGAGACCUCUGGCAUCACUGCCUCCUCCUUCAAAGCGACGAAAGAGGGCUGGACCAUGACCCCGCAGCGCGAUGGAGCAGGAAAACCCAGCAUAUCUGCCGCGAGGAAAAAGUCGCAUGCGUUCGAGAUUGAGCGCGGCGCGGAAGUCUUCCAGCUCAGACCGGCCAAUGCCAAGCGCGACGAGUACCAUCUCGUCCAAGAGAAUGAGACUGAUAGCAACCCCAUGGUUGUCUGCGUUAUCAAGAUUGAAUCUGUUCAUGCGUGGUCGUACCGAAUUCGCUGCAAACCUAGCGCGGACCUCAUGCUUCCCCUCUUUGCAUUCUGGCUCGUCGUUAUGUCGAAGUCCAGCAUUAUUGACCGCUCGAAAGACUCGAAGACCUCCAAAUGCCCGCGUCGGCUCCUCUGCCACGUUCCUGGAUAUAAGGAAAGGAACCACAUGGCUAUGCAAAUAGUGAGCUAGUUCUGGGCCUUCAAUACCGUGGAGUUGCUUUGUUUUGUCAAAGCUCGGUCAUUUGCACUACAGAGAACUUUGCUGCUGCCUGCCGUGUUGUGACUAUAUUGUUUAUAUGGGUCCACAUUUGGACAUGCAUCGCUGUCUCGUGUUAAUAAUUUUUUUAUUGUCAGAAUAAAGCUGGCGCGAUAAUUUAUUGACAACAAAGAGUUUGUAGCACGUGUGUCUCUCCCAUUUGUGGCGUGCCCCAUGCAAUGUGUUCGCGAUAUGGCUGAUUUUGGCGCAGUACUGCUAAUGGGAGCAUUGGAUGAGCAGACGUGUGGCCUUUAAGGAGAUUGUUCAGGAUUUCUGGAAACGAUAGUAAGCAGUAACGUAAAUCGAAUAGAAGAGAUAUAAAUACAGUAUUCUGCGUUGCUUAUAUUGAUAAUCAA